CAUUGCAACAGAGACAUAGUCCUACAGUCUUGAGUGCAGCUGUACUACAAAACCGUUGCAUUUACAGUAGUGCACUAAAACAUUACAUUCUAGCAUGGCAUCUGGGAGGAUCCUGUAGAAGACGAAAGACAGAGCUUGUGUGUGUGUCUGCCUGCCUGAGUCAAUCAACACCACCAACAGUCAAUCAUCAACAGGAAGACACAAAUGUCAACGAUGGCUCAGACAGCUUCCUCACACGUAGGAGGUUGCAAUGAGUCUAAAGAAUUUUCAUUAGAAGAUUUGUGUAAGAUUCACCCAAAUGACAUUUAUCAAUCUGAGACAGCAGACAAGUAUUCCAAAGAAUACCUCCCAAAAAUUUUCUUGACCAACGCACAAUCCCUCCAAAACAAGCUGGAAUAUCUAAAGCUCGAGCUAAAAAAAGAGGAAGAGGAAAAGGAAUGUCAUCUCGUAUGCAUCACAGAGACAUGGGAGAAAGGUGAUUCCCCGAAAUGUGAAUUCUCUGACUCUUUAAAUGGCUACAUGUACAUCUGCGAGAGACGACAUGUAGGAGAAAAGUGCUGUAAUGUGGAGAGAGGAGGAGGCCUGAUUGCCUAUUGUAGAAAGGGGAAGAAAAUUGAGAAAAUAGAUCAAUUAUGCGAGCAAAUCAAUCAGCGAAAGAUAAAAGAUCGUUCCUUGGAGACAGAUGUAGGGUAUGAAAUAAUGCCCUUCUUCUACAGGACAGGGCAAGCAGAAGAUAUUCCUCCAGUCAUCUUCAUCCUGGUGUACAUCACCAGUACACAAGAAGCUGGAAUACUAGAAGCAAAAAAAAGAAUCACUAAAUGCUAUGAGCUAUUGCUGCAGUGGUCUAAAGGAGGGCCUGUAUUCUUACUGGGUGAUUUCAACAAGUGUGAGUUUACAGAUGUGAAAGUGAAGAGUACACAGAGAGAGCACAUCUUAAAGCAGUAUGUGACCUGCCCCACUAGGGGCGAAAGUAUCCUGGACAAGUGCUAUGGCAACAUCCCUGGUGCCUACUCAUCUAAAUGCAGACGGCCACUGGGCAAGUCAGACCACAAUGUCAUUUUCCUGAACCCAGGGCCUGCUCAAAAUGAGUGCACACAUCCUGAAGCUAAAAAGGACCCGAAACGUGGUCUGGAGCAGCAAAUGGGCGAUUUAUCUUUGGCUGGGACAACCAAAGGGAAAAAGUGAGAAGACACCCGACUCCAUAUGAGGCCAAAGAGUCUGAGGAACAGCCAUCAGGCCUACAGAUGACAUGACUACUGACAGAUAUUUUUAGUGCCUGAUUUCCUCAAUACAGGAUUCAAUAGGAAGGAUGUAGAGCUAUCUGAAAACUCAAAGGAGCAUCGUCCAGCUUCUUUACCCGUUUUAUAUACAUAUAUUUCAUAUACACUCUGAACCAUGAUUUCAUUUCAGAGAUUUAAAUAUAGAGUAAUAGUUAAUAGCGGUAAAUAACCAAAGAAAAGCAUUUAUAAUCAAAGAAAGGUGGAGGAUUGUGUGACAGACUUAUUUGUGUCUUUGUUUCUAACAUAAUUAAUCAUGCUUGAGGUGGAUGAUGCUCAUUAGUCUUGUUAUUUACUCUUAAUCAAUCAUGAAGUUGUGUGUGUGUGUGUGUCAUCCUAUAGUCUAGUUUCAUUUUGCAUUUACAUUUAAGUAUCACAAAUGAAGUGUACAUGGUGAUAUCUAUAGGGUAAAUGUUUAUAAUCAACCAUUUCUUACCAUAUUGUUUUCAGAUGGCUUGUUAUCUGAAAUGUCUAUGAUAUGUCUUACCUUCUAUAUCUCUACGCUGAUCUAAUUUAAGAUAAUUCAAUAAUUAUCUUGAAUAACCAAUAAACAGGAAA